ACCUGUCACACCACCUUCACAUUCCUGUGCUGUGCUGAUUCAUUUUGAACACUCCACAUCACAGCAGUCACACACAAGCCAUCAGCCAUCAGAAUAGGUUGUAGAAAGUUCGUAGAAAAACGACCACAACACACACACUCAAACACAGCAAGGUCAGGAAGCAACAAGUCAUUCAGCGUUCUGCUGGCUGCCUCUGAGGUAACGAGAAGCAAGCUCUCCUGCGUCGCCAUCGAAGGGAUGGCUCGGCCAGCCGAGUGCCGCUGUGUCCACUACCUCUUCCUUGCCUGGCUCCUCUUCCUCACCGCCGGCCAGGUGGUCUUCCUCACCCUCCACUACACCGCAGGAGUACACAACAGGUCUCAGGGUGUGGUCACACCACAGUCCACAAGAGAAAUCAAACACAACCUUAAACCACAGGUCAAGGAGAAGAUAGCAGAGAUUUUUUCAGGCAAAAUGAUCAAUCUCGAAGCCUCAAAAGUGGACGGCGAGGGACGCAUCCAGUGGAGAACCAGGAGGCCGGAGCCGUCCCUGCUCACGCUGGCCGGGGAGGUCGUGACCCUGGGGCAGGACGCCUACUACUUCCUGUGUCUGACGGUGACCCUGAAUAACGUGGGAGGGGCUGCCGGGGUGAUGGUCACCCUGAAGCGCAACAACCACGUCAUCAUGGAGGGCCGUGUCGACGCGGCCACGUUCAGCACGGGGCCCCUGGUCAGGGUGGAGGACAUGUCAGCCGGGGACAAACUGGUGGUCACCGUCACGGCCCUCGGCAGAGUCGAUGGGACUUCCCCGGGGAAGACCAACCUGGGGAUCAUCUGCCUGCCAAAACCGCAGCCUUCCCUCCCAGCCCCACCACAACCACCGCCGCCUGGGAAGGAACAAAGAGGAUAGAUGACCACGGUUCCUUGACGCCGUUUUGAGCGCCAGCUAAAGGGAAGAGUAUGGUUCCACGUCGACGCAACGCAAGGGGGUUUACGGACCCACGUCGUUGCGGACCCUCCUUGAGUCCGCCUCAAGGGCCGACGCGCGCCUCCCAAAAAUUGAAGCAAGGGCUGUGAUUGGUCCGCCAACUAAAACCCCGACUAUUUGCAUUAUUU